AUGAAGCCGGGCCAAGUUAUAGGAAUGCUGUGCAAUGUUUGCAAACAAAUUAUCAAAAUCAAUGAUAAAAAUCAUAUUUGCUCAUUUGAUAAUCAUUUAAAAUAUCUUAUUUUAGCUCAACGGACACCCAUUUCAACAAAUAUUUUUCGAUCAUUUAAUGAUGAUAUUUUAAAUAAUACACAUGAAACAGAAUCUCUUGAAGAAGUAGUUGAAGUGUGCUUAGAAACGCAAAGCAAAGAACCAGAACAUGAUGAUGACGAUGAUUCAGAAAUGUUGUCAACAUUAAUUAGUUCAAUUCGUCAACGUCGUCCUUUGUGGGACUAUAGGGUUCCAUUAUCAGCUAGAUUCGAACCCAUAAAAAAAUUGUUGUGGAGUGAAGUAUAUGCCGAAUUAAAAGGUGAAUAUUCUAUUGAUAUUUUAAAAAAUAAAUGGAGAUAUUUAAGGGAAAAAUAUAAUAGAGAAAAUAAAAAACCAAAAAGUGGCAGUGGUAGUGAAAAAAGAAAAAGUUGGGUACAUAUGCAAUCUUUGCAGUUUUUGGAUGAUGUCAGCACAAAAAAUAAAAAAACCUCCAGCAACUUUUCACUUACUUUUGAAAUUCCAGAUUCAGAAGUUACACCAUGUAAAAGGAAGAGAGAUGAAUCAUCCUUUCAGGAAGGCACCGUAAAUGAAAUUCAAGCAUCCAGAAAAAUACCACCACAACCAUAUGAACAGCCUCAAGAAGCUGAUAAUGAAGACACUAGUUUUGCUAAAUAUAUUAUUAACAUUAUGAAACAUAUACCUAAAAAACAGAAAAUCGUCCUUCAAAGUGAAAUUAUUUCAAAUUUGGUACAGUAUAUUGAUGAUUAA